UCGUAGGCUCAUAGUACCGUUCAGAUCCCCACAUAAGUACAAAAUGCAGCCGGUGCUAAUUUUAUUCAUUUCUCUGUUCCUCUAUUCUUCUGCUUCUCCAAUCGUUCCAGCAGAUGAUGAAGAUGGUCACCUCACCGUGCCUGAAAUCAUCACCAAAUACGGCUACCCAGCAGAAGUCCACAACGUGGUAACCUCAGACGGCUACAUCCUCACUCUUCACCGCAUCCCUCAUGGCAAAAACAUGGACACGGUAUCCACCAAACCCGUCUUGGUCCAACACGGCCUUCUCAGUUCUUCAGCCGAUUGGGUCAUCACUGGGGUGGAGCACGGUCUGGGAUUCAUUCUAGCCGAUGAAGGCUACGACGUCUGGCUAGGCAACGGCCGUGGUAACUACAACUCCCGUAACCAUACCACACUCGACCCCAACACCGAUGCGGAAUUCUGGCACUUCAGCUGGCACGAAAUCGGCGCUAUUGAUAUCCCUGCCAUGAUCGACCACAUCCUAGAAACUACCGGUCAACCCAAUCUCUAUUACGUCGGGCACUCCCAAGGUACCACAGUAUUCUACGUUAUGGCCACCACUCGCCCGGAGUACAACGACAAAAUCAAAGCCCACUUCAGUCUUGCCCCUAUUGCAUACAUGAAACACAUGACCAGCCCUCUAAUGCAAAUCCUAGCGUACUUUGUAGGACCCAUAGAUGCGCUUUUUGAAAUGAUCGGUUGGAACGAAUUCCUACCCAAUAAUGAGCUCAUCACUUUGGCGGGAGAGACGCUGUGCAAGGACGAAGAAGUCACCCAAGCACUCUGCAGUAACGUACUUUUUGUGAUGUGUGGGUACAGUCCGUCGGAGCUGAAUGAGACCAUCCUGCCGGUUUUGAUGGGACACUUACCAGCUGGAGCGUCGACGCGACAGGUGGUGCAUUAUGGGCAAGAAAUUGUUUCAGGGUACUUCCGCCAGUACGACUUUGGUGAUGACAAUAUGGAUGUAUAUGGAUCGUCGGAACCACCUUCCUAUGAUCUGUCGCUUAUCACAGCACCCAGUUACUUAUUCUACAGUCACAACGACUGGAUGGCUGCGGAAGUCGAUGUUGUUAGGUUGUGUGAAGAAAUGGGUGAUAGCUGUAACAAGUUCUUGGUAUCAGAAGACAGUUUCAAUCACUUGGACUACCUCAUCGGAAUGAGGGCCCCGGAACUGGUGUAUGCGAAAGUGAUAAGCUUAAUGGCACGACAUUAACAUUAUAACAAAUUAUCUUUUUGUCAUAAUUUGUACAUGUAUCUUAAUAAAUUCAUUUGAAUUUCAA